AGGGCGCCGACUUGCACAGUGGGAAACCGUGGGAAACCGUUUUAUCCCGGAAACAGGAAGCCGGCCCCCUGGCUGGAGGUCUCGCUUCCUUGACCGCUCCUGCUCUUCCAGGAGUUUAUCUGUCAUUUGUGCUUGCCUUUGCUCCCUUUCCUUGUUGUAUCCUUACAGUAGAAAAGAAUUCUCGUAGUGUCUCCCCCACUACCUCCGCUGAACCGGUUGGAUAUCUCAUUCCCGGAGCUGGGGUUCCUGCCGCACGCCCCUAGGUAGCUGGGAGGUGGGGCCUGGGGAUGUCUGGACUCUGGACUCCUGGAACAUUGAAGGAAGGGCGGAGAGGGCACAGAAUCCGCCUUCUGCGUCUGCUACCAGACGCGGCCUCCCCCUCCGCCAUGCACCCCUUGGCCUUCCUGCUUUGCACGCUUGUAGCCACUUUGCUGUGGGGAGUGGUCCCCAUCCAGGGGCUCGUUCGAGCGAUUUCUGACCACAAUAACAGCAUGGACUUUGCAGACCUUCCAGCUCUUUUUGGGUCUGCCUUGAGCCACGAGGGACUUCAGGGGUUCCUUGUGGAGGCUCAGCCGGCCAACGCCUGCAGCCCAGUUGCUUCGCCACCCCCAGCUGCGGUCAACGGGUCAGUCUUUAUUGCACUUCUUCGGAGAUUCGAUUGCAACUUUGACCUCAAGGUCCUAAAUGUUCAGAAGGCUGGGUAUGGUGCAGCUGUGGUACACAAUGUAAAUUCCAACGAACUUCUGAAUAUGGUGUGGAACAGUGAGGAAAUCCAGCAGCAGAUCUGGAUCCCGUCUGUGUUUAUUGGGGAAAGGAGUUCCAAGUACCUGCGUGCUCUCUUCGUCUACGAGAAGGGAGCUCAAGUGCUCUUGGUCCCAGACAGUAACUACCUCCUGGGCUUCUGUCUCAUCCCUUUCACAGGGUUUAUGGGACUGCUGAUUUUGGCCAUGGGAGCAGGGCUGAUAGUUCGUUUUAUCCAUCACCAGAAACAGCUCCAGCAGAAUCGGCUGACCAAAGAGCAACUGAAGCAGAUUCCUAUACAUGACUAUCAGAAAGGAGACCACUACGACGUCUGUGCCAUCUGCCUGGACGAAUAUGAGGAUGGAGACAAGCUGAGGGUACUUCCCUGUGCUCAUGCUUAUCACAGCCGCUGUGUGGACCCCUGGCUCACUCAGACCCAGAAGACCUGCCCCAUCUGCAAGCAGCCUGUUCACAGGGGUCCUGGAGAAGGGGAGGAGGAGGAAGCAACUCAGGGGCAAGGGGGUGAUGAAGAAGGGGAGCCAAGGGACCACCCUGCCACAGAACGGACCCCCCUUCUGGGCUCCAGCCUCACACUUCCCACAUCCUUUGGCUCCCUAGCCCCAGCCCCCCUUGUUUUUCCUGGGUCUUCAAUAGCUCCAUCACCAUCUCCAUCCUCUUCUUCCUCUUCUGCUGUGGUCCUGAUCUGAUACCCUUCUCCAGCUCCCCUCUCCUCUUGAGACCUCAUUGCAUAGUCCCUCUUCCUCCUUUCUGUCUUCCCCUUUGAGGGAUAGGGGACAUUUCCACCCCAGGUUUCUUUCUCCCUUACCCAACCUUAUCCUUUUGAGGGGAAUGGGUGUAGAAAGGGACGGGGUCCUCACUUACUGGGUUAAUAAAAUUGUAUUUUCUGGAAUUAAAAAGAACGUAUUCAGAAAGCUGUCAAAAACAAUUUGAAAGAAUGUACUUUUAUAGUUUGUGUCAAGGAUAAAAAAACGAGAGACAUUAUUUUAAAUCACUCAGAGUAUCUUAAAUUUACUUUGGGAUAUUAACAUUUCAUAUUUGGCCUCAGUGCAAUUUCUCCUAUCUGUGAAAAUUUCAGUGAAUUUCUUUCAACCAUUUUUGAGAGGGGUGAAUAUAAAUUGAGUAAUCUACACUUAUCUAAAUGUUUGUCAUCUCUUAAUGCUUAAAGAGUGCAAAACUUUUGAAAUGUCUAUGUGGUCAUGACAAAAAAAUAACUAAGUUGUAGGUCACCUGUUCUCUGCUCUUCUUCUGUGUUAAGUGGUUAUGUAAAUAUAACAGAUUUAAUUGGUUUAUAGCAUGUGGUCAUUUAGAGUUCAAAUAUGGUGA